AUGGAGGCCGAAGCCGCGCCCAUGAUCGAGCACUUCGGGCUCAAGGAGAUGGAGGCCGGCGUGCUCCCAGGCCCGCUGCCGAGCAAGUGCUACCGCGGGGACCACGCGGGGAUGCAGGUGGUGGUCGUGACGCACGGCAAGGAUGGGCCGACGGGGGUGGACCUCGUGGGGACGGUUCCCGCGGCGCUGGUGUCGUACCUCAGCGUGAUGACGUUCAAGCCGGACCUCGUGAUCAACGCCGGCACCGCGGGCGGGUUCGCGAAGCGCGGCGGCGCCGUCGGCGACGUGUACGUGUCGACUGCAGUGGCGAACCACGACCGGCGCAUCUCCAUCCCAGGGUUCGACGUGUACGGCGUGCAGCGGAUCGAGUGCGCGAAGACGGACGCCAUGCGCGCCGCGCUGGGCUUCAAGGCCGGCGUCGUCUCCUCGGGCAACUCCCUCGAGGCGUGCGAUGAGGACCUGCGCAUGCUCGACGCCAACGAAGCCUGUAUCAAGGAGAUGGAGGCGUCCGCGCACGCCUGGACCUGCAGCCUCCACAACGUCCCGUUCGUGUGCGUGAAGGCCAUCACCGACAUUGUCGACGGCGACAAACCGUCCAGCGAAGAAUUCCUCGAAAACCUGGGCAUGGCCGCCAAGGCCCUGCAGACCGCGAUGCCACGCGUGCUCGAAUUCGUCUCCGGGAAGCGCCCCUCCGAGCUCUAG